CCUCAGGUAACCGAUAAGAUGGCAGCCAGGGAAGCGACUGGGCACAGCUACCUGGUGGCUUGCUGGCAGCCCAUCCUGAUCCUGAUGCUGGGCUCUGUGCUGUCCCCGGCCUCCUCCACCGGAUGCCCUUCCCGCUGUGAGUGCAACCUCCAGGAAAGCUCCGUACUGUGCCACCGCAAAAAGCUCAUGACCGUCCCCGAGGGCAUCCCCACGGAAACCAAACUCCUGGAUCUGAGCAAGAACCGGAUUCGAACCAUCAACCCGGACGAGUUCGCCAACUUCCCCAACCUCGAGCAACUGGAGCUGAGCGAGAAUACCAUUUCCACCAUUGAACCGGGGGCUUUUAACAACUUGUAUGGUUUACGGACAUUGGGGCUUCGUAGCAACAAGCUGAAGCUGAUCCAACUUGGCGUAUUCACUGGUCUAAGUAAUCUUACCCAACUGGACAUAAGCGAGAAUAAGAUUGUGAUCCUUUUGGACUACAUGUUUAAGGAUUUGUACAACCUACGUUCCUUGGAAGUUGGGGAUAAUGAUCUGGUGUUUAUUUCCCAUCGGGCGUUCCAUGGUCUGAGCAGCCUGGAGCAUCUGAGUCUGGAAAAGUGCAACCUAUCCUCUGUACCUACUGAGGCGUUCACCCACCUGCACAAUUUGAUAACCCUUCGCUUGCGUCACUUAAACAUCAACAUUAUCCGGGAUUAUUCCUUCAAGAGGCUGUACCGACUUAAAGUUUUGGAAAUAGCCAACUGGCCUUAUUUGGAUACGAUGACCUCGAAUUGUUUGUACGGAUUAAACCUCACUUCUCUGACCAUCGCAAAUGCAAAUCUGACCACAAUUCCCUACGUGGCCUUGCGUCACUUGGUCUACUUGCGUUUCCUCAACCUUUCCUACAACCCGAUCCAUACCAUUGAAGGAAAUAAACUCCAUGAUCUUCUCCGCUUGCAGGAGUUACAUUUGGUCGGGGGCAGACUGGCGAUGAUCGAACCCUACUCUUUCCGUGGGUUGAACUACCUGAAGAUUUUAAACGUGUCCGGGAAUUCGCUUACCACUUUGGAGGAGUCUGCGUUCCAUUCGGUUGGCAAUCUUGAGACCUUAGCUUUGUACGACAACCCGCUGGCUUGCGAUUGCCGACUUCUGUGGGUGUUCCGUCGACGCUGGAGGCUUAAUUUCAACCGGCAACAGCCUACCUGCGCCUCUCCUGAAUUCGUCCAAGGAAAAGAGUUCAAGGACUUCCCUGAUGUCUUACAGCCGAACUACUUUACGUGUCGCAAAUCCAGAAUUCGGGAUCGCAAACCUCAGCAGAAGUUUGUCGACGAAGGGGCAAUUGUUCACUUCUCUUGCCAGGCCGAUGGAGACCCUGCUCCGGUGAUCAUGUGGUUAUCCCCUCAGAAAAAGUUCAUCACUACCAAAACCAUCGGUCGGAUUUCGGUGUUGCCAGACGGUACUCUUGAGGUACGCUACGCCCAAAUCCAGGACAACGGUACUUACGUGUGCAUAGCUAGCAACGCAGGCGGGAACGAUACAUCUCUGGCCCAUUUACACAUCCACAGCUACUCCCCCGACUGGCCACACCAACCCAACAAAACUUUCGCCUUCAUCUCCAACCAACCAGCCGAUACCGGAGUGAACGAAACCCGACCAAAUGUCCCCUUCCCCUUUGACAUAAAGACGUUGAUUAUCGCGACCACCAUGGGGUUCAUAUCAUUCCUCGGCGUGGUCUUGUUUUGCCUGGUGCUGCUGUUUCUGUGGAGCAGGGGUAAAGGUAACACCAAGCACAAUAUCGAGAUCGAAUACGUCCCGCGGAAAUCGGACGCUGGGAUGAGCAGCACUACGGUGGACGCUCCUCGGAAGUUUAACAUGAAGAUGAUCUAA